AUGAAGAUGGACGCAAGCACACAGACUGAAGUCGUGCGAAAAGACUUCGCACAACAGACGGACGGAGGAAGGGGAGAAUGGAUGAAUGAGGAAAAGGAGGUAGAAAUCUUGAGGGAAAUAAGAAGAAAGAAAGAGGAAGAAGAUGACGUCAUAGUGAUCGCCGUGGUUCGCCCGCACGCGUCAAAAAGACGCAUGCAGAGCGUCAAAACGCAGACCGCGUUUCCAACGAAAGAGAAGGGGGUGCAGACCGAAUGGGUAUUGCACAGAAUCGAAGUCGAGGAAUCCAGGAGACCGAACCGAGAUUUCCUUCUCCGCUUUAUCUCGCGCCAGUGGUUCCUGAUUAGGCUAAAGGACGAGUUUAAGGUGCCGGAUAUACUUUCACCCAUAAGGGAAGUUGAGGACAAGGGGGAAGCAUGGAAGGAAUGGGGAGCCGGAGAGAAGAGGUUUGACGACAAUGUGGAAACACAAACAAAGAAGAUAAAGAAGGAGACAAAUAAAGAAAACACUGAAAACAGCAACAUUAACGACAACAAUGACAGCAACGGAAGAAAAAGAAAGAGCACGGACAACAAGGAGAAAGAACAAGUGACAAAAAAGAUAAAGAAGGAGAUGAGGAUUAGACAGGAAGACCUCGAGACCCUUAAGGGCGAAAACUGGCUGAACGACGAGGUAAUAAAUAAUUAUCUUGAAUUGAUCAGCAACGAAGACGUCUACGUGAUGAAUUCGUUUUUCUUUCCGAGGCUCCACAUUAACGGGCACGUGGCCGUUAAAAGGUGGACGAAGAGGAUCAAUAUUUUUAAGUUUCACAAAGUGAUUGUCCCCAUUCACUUGGGCAAUCACUGGUGCCUUGCGGUAAUAGAUAUGCUCUUUGGUGAGAUUUGCUAUUAUGAUAGUUUCAAGGGCAGUCAGCCCGCCUACUUGGCAACACUCCUGGAGUAUUUAGUCCAGGAGGCGAAAGAAAAAAACGAGGUUCCUAUCAAUAAAGAGGAAUGGACCCUUGGGAAUAAAACAAACAUUCCCUGUCAGACGAAUGGGUAUGACUGCGGUGUUUUUACGUGCCAGUUCGCCCGAUAUGAGGCAACAAACAAAAAUAUCGAUUUUACCCAGGACGACAUGCCACAGAUCAGGGCAAGAAUGGCUCGCGAAUUGCAGGCGGGAUGUCUUGAAGAAUAA